GCGCGAACAGCCAGCAGACGUCUUCCAACAUGGACUUGCGCUUCGCAGGGUCUGCAGGCGCUGUCCCCAUGCCUGCUACACGGACCUCGUACCCAUGCAGCUGUUGUGAUUGUGGAGGAUGGACGGCCGAGAAGAGCGCUUCUGAUGGAGGCCUCGCGCCUCCUGCAUGCCGCUGCCGCGCUUUUGCGUGCCUGGGUGGGGCACAGCGCCCUCAUUGUUGUCUGGUACGGUGCAGAGGACCUCGAGCUGCUCACGGCGCUGAGGGCGGCUGCAGGGCUGCCACCGGGGGCCGUGCUUUGCAGGCCCCUGCCUGGCAUGGCCGCAGAGGUGGGCAU